AUGAUUUCGAAGCCUCCACUGGUUUCUGUUCCGUCAAAUGAACCACCAAAAAAAGAAACAAAUGGAGCUGCUAUGUCAUUUACUUGGGGAGAAUAUUUGAAACAAGAGGGUUCUCAAGCGGCACCUAAAAAUUACUUUGUUUUUACUGUUGAAGGUUACUUGGCUUUGUUACGAUACGAAGGAUAUGAAGACGAUAGUAGUCAUGAUUUUUGGUGUAAUUUAUGUAAUAAAGAUGUACAUACAGUAGGAUGGUGUGGACAACAAGGAAUCAAACUUGCUCCACCACGAAAUAUCGAAAGUCGUCAAACUGAUUGGAAAACAUUCCUUGUAAAUAAAUUAACCGGUGCAAAAACUCUUCCAGAUAAUUUUCGUAGAAAGAUACAAGAUUCAUUACGUUGUCCAUUCAAAAAGAAUAUGGUGCUUGAAGUUAUUGAUAAAUAUCGUGUUUCUCGUAUGCGAGUGGGAAAAAUUUCCGAUGUGAUUGGAGGACGACUAAGAAUUAAUUAUGAGAAUACAGCUGGAGAACAUUUUUGGGUACAUUAUAGUUCUGAACUGAUACAUCCUGUUGGUUGGUCUAUCGCUACAGGACACGAAAUUGAAGCUGACGAUGCUUACAAAAAUGAGUCAUCAAAAAUAAUGCAAACAAAUGUAUACAAUCAUACUUACGCUAGUCCAGACUUAUUUCGCAAAACACGAGCGGUGAGCAACUCACCAGACGAAUGUUUUAAAGCCGGAAUGAAAUUAGAAGCAGUUGAUCCAUUAGAAAUGUCUCGAAUAUGUCCAGCUACAAUUGGAAAGGUAUUAAAAAAUGGUUAUUUUAUGUUGUCCAUCGAUGGUAGUAGUGCCGAAGAUGGUUCGGAUUGGUUUUGUUAUCAUUCGACUUCAGCAUUAAUAUUUCCAAUUAAUUUUUGUCGUUUAAAUAACAUGCCACUAUCACCGCCCAUCGGUUAUCGUGGAGAAUUUGACUGGGAAAAAUAUCUUAAAGAAACAAAUUCCGUUUAUGCACCAAAUGAUCUAUUUCGUCUAAUGAAAGAUAAAACAAUAAAUCAAUUUAAAAUCGGAAUGAAAAUUGAAGCUGUCGAUCUAAUGGCACCACAUCUUGUGUGUGUUGCAACGAUUGCCAAUGUAUUUGAUGGUUUGAUACGUGUGCAUUUUGAUGGCUGGGAUGACGACUAUGAACAAUGGAUUGAUUGUGAAUCGACAAAUAUUUAUCCAAUUGGUUGGUGUGAAUUAGUCGGCUAUCGUUUAGAACCUCCUAAACAAGCAGAACAAGAAAAUGAAAAGAAAAUGAGUACUGAUGCUGAAUUACGUCAGCGAGUUGGUGUUGAUUAUCCACCAUCUGUCCACAAAUCAAAUACACAGCCAAUAUCAGAUGUUCCGUUCGUACUUCCUACUCAAUACACAAGUCUAAAUAACACAAAAUUACGUCCUGACAUACAAACGACUGAAGAUGAAGAUAUUGAAGGAUUACCGUCCCAUCCCAGUGGUGCUUUACCAUCGGAAGAUGAUACAUCAACUCCAAAUCCGUACAUGAAAUAUUUGGAUGAUUUAUUAAGUACUUUAGGUCCACGUUGGCGUAAUUAUGUAAUACGUGGUGUAUUUUCAGCUGUUAUGAUAGGUGCAUUCGCUAAAGUCAUAUCAAUGGGACCAUUAGUAGUUUCACUAUUAGUAUUAAUUGUUCAAAUUAAAUGUUUUCAGGAAAUAAUCAAUAUUGGUUAUAUUGUCUAUAAAUCACAUAAUUUACCAUGGUUUCGUACAUUAUCAUGGUAUUUUUUAUUUACAUCAAAUUAUUAUUUUUAUGGUGAAAGUUUAAUACAUUAUUUUGGAUUUAUGAUGAAUAAAAAUAAUUUUUUGCAACCAUUUGUCAGUUACCAUCGAAUGAUUUCAUUUUUAUUAUAUACUGCUGGUUUUGUUGGAUUUGUCCUCAGUUUAAAAAAGACCUAUUAUUUAAAACAAUUUACAUUAUUCGGCUAUACUCACAUAACAUUAUUAAUUCUGGUAACAGCUUCACAUCUAAUGAUCCAAAAUAUAUGUGAAGGAAUGAUAUGGCUUUUAUUCCCUGUAUCAUUAAUUAUUGUUAAUGAUAUAAUGGCUUAUAUGUUUGGAUUUUUUUAUGGACGGACGCCAUUGACAAAAUUAUCACCAAAAAAGACUUGGGAAGGUUUUAUCGGUGGUGGUUUCAGUACAAUAGUUUUUGGCUUUAUCUUAGCUGGCAUUCUAUGUCGUUAUCAGUUUUUUGUCUGUCCACUUGAUUACGAUGAGGAGAAAAUGAUGUUAUCAACAGAAUGUAUACCGUUACCAUUAUUUCAAUUGUCGACUUAUUCAAUGCCAAAACCAUUUUCAUUAUUUAAACGUACAUUGCAAUUGUACCCAUUUCAAUUACAUUCGAUUUUAUUAUCAUUAUUUGCUUCAAGUAUUGGACCAUUCGGAGGCUUUUUUGCAUCCGGUUUUAAACGAGCUUUUCGUAUUAAAGAUUUUGCUGCUACAAUUCCGGGUCAUGGUGGUUUUGUUGAUAGAUUUGAUUGUCAAAUUAUUAUGGCAGUAUUUACAAACGUAUGGAUUUCAACUUUUGCUCGUGUGGCAUCACCAAAUAAACUUGUACAACAAGUUAUAGCAUUGAGUGAUGAAAAUCGAGAAGAAUUUUUACGCCUGUUACGACAUCAUUUCAAAUUUUAA